CUGUAUGUUUUUUUAGGAUUCUCCAGACAGGCUAAAAAGGGAAGUUUAUUGGAGCAGGCUACCAACAGAUGGCGUCGGCCUGCUGUUUCAAUAUAUUGCCUGAAAGGUUGCACGUCUCUUGAUUUUGUGUAACCGAUUGUCGUUGACCAGGAUUAAGGAAACAUGUAAAGGGAAAGCAAUGUUUCAGGAAGUGCGUGCUUACCGGCAAAAUAUACUUGACAGGCGACAUUGUACUUUUAAGAGAGUACUUGAUUCACGCGCUGUGCCUGUCGUGGAUUUCUUUCUUAACCUGAGGAGUAUGCGAGUAUUAAAAAACGUUAAGAAAUAAAAUAUUUAGAUAACGCAUGAGAACGUGAUUUAAAAAAAUAUAUAAAUGUGUAACUAAGGGUAGUAGAUUGUGUAACACGUAAGAGUAAUAUUUUAAGUAAAAGCACUGUUUUUCAGUACGUAUCAUGACAAUAUUAAAUUACUAUUACUAUCUGAAUGUUAAUGUUUAGGGCAUUUUGCAAAGUAAAUGUAGAACCUUGAACCUGGAGAAUGCGCUAAUUGGUUGACAGUUGUACUUACUAUUUAUUGCUUGAAUCUAAACUUCAACUACCUCGCUUACAGUUUCAUUUAUUAAUAAUAACUAGAAAUUCUAGUAAAACACACUGUCACUUUUUCUGAAUUGCCUAAGCGACAAAAUCAGCAAACCUGUCCAAGCACAUUGCUUUAUUACUUGAAGUUCUGUGAUACACAUACAUGUUUUAUUAGAUUUUUUUUUUUUUACUAUGUUCCUAUAGUUUGCUGUUACGUUUAACAUUUGCACUGUAAAGAUUCCUAUAUCAUAAAUAUACUUGAUGUAAUUUAAAUCGGUUUUUGUGUUUAUUUAUUUUUAAUAGCAGGGUACUUAUUUCGGUCAUCAUGUAAAGCUCUUAACGUUUAUAUCAACGUUUGAUUAUUGUCUAGUGAAAACUUGAAUAGCUGCAGUAUGUCAGCUGUUAAAACUAUUCGACCAGGUGGGUGCAGUCAUGCUAAAAAUGGAGAAAAAGACACAGACGAGUCUGGUAACAAAAAGCAAAGUGAAUCUGCCGAGUGUCCGGAUUGUGACCGGUCCGCGGAGAAGCGAAGCGACCACAUCGUCUGCAGCGUUCACCUCGAGUUACCGCAGUCGAGGCGAAGGAAGCUGAUUUUGCACUUGGAUCUGAACAACACCAUCCUGGUCUCUGAUGCCGUAACUAAACAAGGAACAGUGGCGGCAUUAGAUUACUUCCUAUCCACGGCCACCUGGGGGAGAGUUAACCGCCAAGGUAGCUGGGAGUGGUUGAGCGACCUGCCCUCCCUCCUCCCUCCAUGCCAAGGCGCUGUGACCUACUACUCCCAGUUCGGCCGGGUCCAGGAUUUCACGGGAACAGCAGAGGGGCAGCGGUUCUGCGGUGUCUUGAAGGAGCACCUGUCUCUGCUAGAGUGGAGAGGAGAGGAGGACGAGGAGCUGGCAGUGAGGGGGGAGGAUGGGAGGCUGUAUCACUGGCUCCUGCCUGCCUUCUUCCAGCUCCUGCAGGCCCUGAAGUCCCAGCACAGAGAGUUCUGUGUCGUGUUCCGCACGUUCGGCACCGACCUGGCCCGUGUGCUGGGAGCCGUGCAGCGUGUGCUGAGGGAGGGGACCCAUCCUCUCUUCACAGGCCUGCAAGCACUCCCAAUGCCCUUGAACCCGACUCCAGGCCGGAUCCGCUGCAGUAAGAAGAAUGUGGUCCUGAGCCGGGGGUCCGAGCGGGUCUCAACGAGGGGGGACGAACGCAGUCUGUACCGCUACUUCAGCGACCUCCAGGGGCUGGGUGGGUUUCAGGACCAUUUUGACUGGUGGGCUCACAAUAGCUACUCAAACUUGGGUGGAAAGCCCAUCUGGAUUGACCCCUCUGAUCCUGAAGUGCAGCACAUCUUCAUUGACGACAACAUUCGGCUGAACGACGAGGAUAGCAUCAUUACUCCAAAGGUGUUUUUAGGUAAGACAGGGACCCAGACCCGCACAGCCCUGACCUCUGAACUCUACGAUGUUAACUUGAUUCAGACCGACCUUCUGAGGGCCAUUUCAGACCACAACUACUUCAGUGAGCGCAUCCGGAUCUGUGAGGAGAACUAUGAGAAAUACCUAAAUAAGGAAGAUGGCUAGAGCCUCCGUUUAUCAUCUCAGGGAUUUUCAGUACUGUUAUAAUGAUACCUAAACCAGCUGGUGUCUAUAUUGUUUAUUGCUGCUCCAAUGUGUUUUUUCUAACUUUGAAGUAUUCUGUAUUGUGUCUAUUGUAUUACAGCAGCAGUUCUAAAUACUGCACCCUUAAACUCUUUAUUAACCCUUUCUGGAUCUUAGUGGUUGUAGCUAACAAAAUAUUGAACUUUAAUAAAUGUUACCCAUUCCAGGUUUUACUAGAUCUUGAUUGGACCCAGUGUAUAGGUAACAAGCUCAGGUGUGUCUUCUUAAAUGCACAGUAAAACCAGGAAUGGAUCAGAUUGCUAUGCCAUGGGAGUCUUAUUUCCAUCCCUGCUUACCUGACAUAAAAGAAACUUCCCAGUUUGCUUGCCUUUCCUUCCUGGAAAUCUGUUACACUUGCACUUCCUAGGUCGUUUCAUCGAAAAAGUGUCUUUGAGGUCAAGCAUCUUACUGGCUGCAAAGCUUGUCAGUCAUUAGGGGAAGUCACUGGUUAGUUACGGUCAGGAAAAAGAUCCCUGAAGAGGUGGAAUGACAAUGAAAGUGCAAGACUGUUUGAAAGCAUGGCCUGCAAACAGAGAUUUCUUUAACCUAGUGCAGUACCAGAUUUCUUUUUAAAAUGCAAAUACAUGUUUGUCAAACUACACAUUUGAGGUCAAUAUAGUAAAUGGAUGUACUUGGCAUGGAAAAUGUAUGAAAUUAUUUUGUUAGCUACAGUCAAUUUAACUUUACGUUGUGUCCUGGACUUUUAAAGUAAAUGCACUCUGGGAUUCUCAUGUCUAACAUUACUACACCAAUAUAUAUUUUUUACAGCCAGAUAUAUAUUUAAAUGGGGAGAACCUAGAAAUUCAGGAAAUAAACAGUAACAGGAUUACAGGGGUUUGAAACUACCAAAAGUUUCAUGUGUAUCAAAAUACACUUAUAAAUACUAUGACAUGCUUUUAGGUACAUUCAUGUUGUAUCAUCUUUCUAUUGUGAUGAAUACUUAAAAGCAUGUUAUGUUUCCAAAGUAUUUAUAAGCCCCCAGCACCAUCUCUGUCACAGCCAGUACAUUUUCCUGCAGGUGAAGACAAUAGAGUUGGCAUUGCAUUGCUUUCUAAAUAAGGAAGUCAAAGACUGGAGUGCUAGAUCAUUGAACUUAACUAAAAGCUACCAGGAGACUGCCGGCACUGUAAGGAAACUCGGAUACACCAUACAGCAAGACAAUGUUUGUUAACUUGUAUGCUUCUUGUUGAGAUUCAGAUAUUUGAUAACAGGAUCUGGCUUGCAUGGUGGCAGUCUGAGAAAUAAAUACAGCAAUCUUGACACAUCGCCAAACAGAUCUCUCGAUUGACAAGAAUAAGUAAUUGCACAGAAUACCAUUCCAAUUAAUGUGUUUGUAGAAUAUGAGUUAGCAAUUUGUACAGUUAUAGCUGCCUGUUGAAGCAUCACUUUUUGACGGUGUACAAUGCUCUCUGUGGGAUUUAAACAGACUGCAUUUAAAUGUUUUUAUUUCUUCCUGUAUUGAUUCCCUCUGCACCUUCAGGGAAGCUGUGUGCAAAUGCAUUAAAUCCAGUUGAUUUAAACACUGUA